GGCGUGGACGCGGUGCCCGCGGGGGUGAUGGGCACGUCGACGUACGACGCGGACGGGACGCCGCGGAUGACGGUGCACCCGAAGGCGACGCCGGUCGAGCCUGCGCUCCGCGCGUUCCUGGGGCACUUCCACGCGCCGCCGACGGAGCCGAGCACGGAGGUGUUCCGCAGCGCGGUGGGCGGGGGCGGGGGCGCGGGGGAGGGCGGGGACGGCGUCGCGGGCGUGGAGGCGUACCGCGGGGCGAAGGCGGGGACGCUGUGGUUCCUGAGCGUGGGGAUAUUGUGGGACGGGAAGCCGCCGGAGUUCUUCGCGCUGCGCGACGUGGCGCGCGCGGACGGGGAGGGCGAGGACCAGGUGGAGGGCGUGCGGACGCUCAGCGCGACGGGCCGGACGUGCACGGUGGUCGUGCGGCGGGUCGAGCGCGCGCGGGGGACGGACGGGGAGAGCGUGGUGGAGGUCGACUUUGGGAUGGUGGAGGGGAGGGAGCGCGAGGGCAUUGCGCGGUGGGUGCGGAGGUAUCGACACUUGUUCGGGGAGCAAGAGGCGCAGGCGCAGGCCAUGCAGACAGACGGGGCGGGCCCGAGUGGUGCGAACGCCGCGGCGGCGGCGGCGGUGGGGGACGAGGAAGAUGAAGACGACGAGGACUUUGUGGCGUCGGAGUCGGACGGGGGGUCGGCGACGAGCGAGUCGGAAGAGGAUGGGGACGGGGAGGGCGCGGAGAGCGUUGAGGAGGAGGAGGCGGAGGCUUCGGAUGCGGAUGGAGAUGGGUAUGAAGAUGGGGAGGGCGAGCUCGACCCCGCGCACCACCCACUCCUCCGUCCGGGCGCGAUGCCGAAGCGCAUAUCGCGCGCCGCGAUGGAGAUGGUCGUCGGAAUGAUGGAGGGGGACCUCGUCGGUGCCGGCGGCGCGGACGGGGACGAGGACGAAGCGGACGAGUUAGAGGAGUGACGUCCGAGUCGACUCUGGUGGUUCGCGAUACUUACUGUGUAGGACGGGGCGGAAGGGCGGUGGUUCGGAUACGGGUCGGACUCAUCAUCACAUUAUACGUAUGCCUGGUUAGCACGCAUUUUCGAAUUUGAAUACUUUUCAAGUGUG